UAAAAUAAAGAUAAAACAAAUAAUUAAUUUCCAUACCUUUAAAAGAAGCGCACACACGAGCGCCUUUAGUCAUAAAUAAAUGAAUGAAAUGCGAACAGAAAGUAGAAGUUACUUACAGCUCAAUAUAUUAUGGAAAUCCAGUGACCUGAGAAUAUUAACGAGUUUAUUACUAAAAACGAUUAUUAUAGAGCUGCCAUAAUUGUUUGCUCCGUAAAAACAUUCAAGCGCGUGUUUGGAUGAUAAUUCUGUGCGUUCAGUCGCGUUUUGUCAGACCUGCUUUUUUCAUCCGCAGCUCGUAUUUAGUUGUCAGUGUGAUUUUAAAGGGUCAUUGAUAUCUUUUAAUUCUCUCCUCGGGUCUUUAAGGGUUAAUGCGCUGUAAAUAUGCACGAGUUCCUCACAGCCAAUCCGAACGCGUUCCAGUUGCCCGACUGGCCAAUGGGAGUGAGUUGAGGUUCAGUGUGCUCCGCAGGUGAAGUGGAUAGUAGCGCUGUGUGUUCACACUCACACACUCGCGGUGGCGAACACACACACUUCCUUCACGCGAUGCGACCGAACUGCCGCCACGGGGCUCAAUCUGGAGCGCGUAACCCCGGAGCUGGAGAUCCACAGUGACUUUUCCUGCUUAAAAUGGCUGUUCGCAGCAACUCUCUGAUGCCGUUCUCCAUUCAAGCCAUUCUGAACAGAAAAGAGGAGUCUCGGCAUCUCAACGAUCUGGAUGUGUGUUUCUCGAAAAGCGAGUGCUGGAAAAUCUUCGAAGAGAUGGACGGAGCGGAUCGGAGCGAUGAGAGAGAGAGUAAGAACUACGACUCGGACUCCGGGCUGAGCGAGGACAACGACACCAAAGCGCGAAGCGACGCAAAGCCUGAGAAAGACGCAGAUUUAGCGGAGGAAACCGAUCAGGAGUCAAAACACGGCAAAGGCCUGAGCGACUGCGUGUCCGACUGUAACGCGACGGAGGAGAAGAGCGUCGAUCAGCCCAAGCAGCGGAAGAAGCGUUCUCGCGCCGCGUUCUCUCACGCGCAGGUGUUCGAGCUCGAGCGGCGCUUCAAUCACCAGCGCUAUCUCUCCGGGCCGGAGCGCGCGGACCUCGCGGCCUCCCUCAAGCUCACCGAGACGCAGGUCAAGAUCUGGUUCCAGAACCGACGCUACAAGACCAAGCGGCGUCAGAUGGCCGCGGAUCUUCUGGCGUCGGCGCCCGCGGCGAAGAAAGUGGCCGUGAAAGUGCUGGUCCGGGACGACCGGAGACAAUACAGCCCCGGAGAACUCCUGCGACCGCCGCUGCUCGCGUCCUACUAUUACCCGUACACGUACUGUCUCCCCGCGUGGGGCCUGAGCUCGGGGAACCAGUGACGCGCUCACGUAUUUAUUCUACCAAAGACAGUCGUUAACUGACCGGGAGAUUUAUUUACAGAACUGCUGAAACAGCCUUUUUAUUCAUCGUUUUUUUUCUCUUCUUCUUCCAAGGACUGAUAUCAGUUUUGCUCCUAUAAAAACACUUAGGAUUUUAUUUCACAAUGUUUUUUUUUAGCAAAAUGUUCUUUCUUCUUGGUUGGAAAUAAACAGCACUUGAUGUCGUGGCCGCACGUGCGGUUUUAAGGUAACGGUAAGACUGGCACUUCCCCUCAACAAUCCCAAAAAAUUAAAUCAGAGAUAAAUAUUGAUCUGUUGGUCUUCAUAAGUGAGUCGUGGAUUUUUUUUAGCGUUUGUUCGACAUGUACCUGUUUUCAUAUUAGUGUAACGUGUUUUUGUUUAAAGAAAAGCAUUAAAACGUAUAUGAAGCAUAA